UCAUGCCAUACGUGAACAAUAACUUUGACGGCCACUGCCAUCUGCAAGCACCUGUUGUACCAGCGGACACAGACAGUGCUGGCUGCUGGCGCUCAGAACAACCUGCCGCAGGACCAGGCGGCGCCUACGAUGCAGGCCGUCGCAGAACUGUGGAGGCGGGCGCUCUUUUCGUCCUUCCCUAUGGUGCUGCUGACGGCAGUAGACGCGGACAGCCACGCGCUCCAGCACGCAGCCCUGGUGCUCCUCCACGUCGUUCUGGAGUAUCUACUUAUGAGAAGUUUCGCUGCAGUUUUCUCAGCGGUGCGCCCAGGCACCCGGAAGAAGAGCGUCCUGGAACUCUUCACGAUUUUCUAUAUCAUUUUCACAUGCCUGCUCAUCGUCAUGGCCAUUAUCAAAGAAUUCGCCGUCAUCGUAUUCGCUCCACAGGAUAUUCGGUGCCGGCGAGUAGCAGAGAUCGCGGCCAUGGACAAGCCGCGCGUGGUGGACCUUCGAUCGGACACGCUGACCAAGCCGACGCCCGAGAUGCGGCAAGCCAUGAGGGACGCCGAAGUCGGCGACGACGUCUUCAAGGAGGACCCCACCGUCAACGAGCUCGAACGUGUGGUGGCCGAGUUCAUGGGAAAGGAGUCCGCUCUGUUCGUGCCCACGGGCACCAUGGGAAACCUGGCGUCAGUGAUGGCCCACUGCGACAGGAGGGGAGAGGAGGUGCUGGUGGGCGACGCGUCCCACAUCUUCCUCUGCGAGCAGGGAGGAACGGCGCAGGUGGCCUCGGUGCACAGCUGGGCCGUGCCGACUCAGAAAGACGGCCGGCUGCUCAUCGAAGACCUGGAGUCUCGCGUCAGGUACCGCAACAUACCCUGCCCCAAGACUGCGCUGCUCUGCCUCGAGAACACGCACAACUUCUGCGGGGGCACCGUGCUCCCCGUCGACUACGUGGAACAGGCCUCCCGGUUCGCGAGAAGUCACAACAUACCGCUUCACAUGGACGGCGCGAGGAUCACCAACGCGGCGGCGUACCUGGACCUGCCGGUCAAGGACCUCCUCAGGGACUGCGACUCCGUCAUGAUGUGCAUCUCCAAGGGACUCUCGUGCCCCAUAGGGUCCCUGGUGGCCGGGUCUAAGGACUUCAUAUACAAGGUGUCCCGAGUGCGCAAGUGCCUGGGCGGCGGCAUGCGCCAGGCGGGCAUCGUGGCCGCGGCGGGCCUCGUCGCGCUCCGGACCAUGGUGGCCAGAGUGCACGAGGACCACGACAACGCGCAGAGGCUCGCCAGGGGCGUCAGUCUGCAGGGCAACCCCUACAUCGGCUUGGACCUGGAGACGGUGCAGACGAACAUGGUCGUCUACGAAUUUCGAGACACGAGCCGUCUGUCGCCCCUUACCUUCUGCGAGCGCCUCAACAAGGUCACGCAGCGGGAGUACGAUGACCUCCAGCAGGCCGUCACGGUGAAGAUGAUCCCCAUCGGCCUGACCAAGGCCCGCGCCGUCCUCUACAACGGCGUCGGCGCGGACGACGUGGACGCGGCUCUGGUCAAGAUGCGUUACGUCAUCGAGGAACUGUGCCGGUCCGCCGGUGCAUAGUCGUGUAACCAUGUGGUCGCUACAACUGGAGACGUGCGUACACGCGGGCGUCACAUAAACGCGCGCGCGCGUGUGCGCAUGCGCACCCUCGACGAAGCGCACUUUCGAACGUUCGCGCAGCUCGGAACUGCUCCGAACGAAGUUUACAUAGUUGGUAUGGCACGACUGUGCACGGUGUACGACUGCGACGCUAAAUGGAGACGCGAUGGGCACAGGGACACGUAAAACAGGCGCACGUGUCUAUGUCGUGUCUCUGUCGCCUCUAUGUGGCGUCCAUGUCGCGUCCAGGUCGCGUCCAGGUCACGUCCAGGUCGCGCCUAGGUCGCAUCCAGGUCGCGUCCAGGUCGCAUCCAGAUCGCAUCCAGGUCGUGCCCAGGUCGCAUCCAGGUCGCGUCUAGGUCGCAUCCAGGUCGCAUCCAGGUCGCAUCCAGGUCGUGCCCAGGUCGUGCCCAGGUCGCAUUCAGGUCGCGCCCAGGUCGUGUGGCACGUUAUCAGCGCGCAAAAAUCACAUACAACACCAUACAGUAAUAUACUUGUCGCAGUGGCAAAAAGUCUUCAAAGUCGCGGUGUUCCCUAACAUAUCCGAAUGCCAGAGCCAUAAACCGGUCCCUCGUGAAUCCGCGGAGGCCUUGGAUUUUCUGGGGAAGGAUGCCGACUAUCUUUUCGACACCCCCUUCUCUGCGGAGUUUGAUUGGUUGGUCGAUCGGGAUUCAGUUUAACGUUCCAAAGUAGAUAACUCUGUGGUAUACGCUAUAGCGGAAAAAAAAAACAUUCGAACUGAUUCUCUACAAAUGCCCAAUUGGCAGCUUGACAAUUCGAACAGCACUUAAGAGGCUGGAUGGUAACAUUUAAUUAAAUAAUGGGAUGCAAAUGACUAACCAAAUACUAGCGUUUAUUUAUUGUUUUUUAGUGUGCACUUAAAUGUUCGAUGCACGCGCGGCCGCUCUUGCAUUCCACUCCCAUCGAAAUUGCAAUUCGAUGGCGAACCACCGACCUUCGUGCUCUGCAGCGAGACCCCCAGCCACCGCUCGGGGUCUCCAGGUUGGUUCUACCAGCCAUCACAGUUCUGACGUAAUAAAGAAUGUCACCGUCACAUCUGU